CUCUCAACCACUGUGCCACCAGGGAAGCCCAUGCCUAUUCUUUUACUGUUGACAUAUGUCAUGUGAAAAAGCUUGUUCUCUCCCUCUCUCCUCAGCAAUAGGGAACAUCUACAUGGAUCUGAUAAGGAGCAGUUUCUAUCCUUGUUUUCCAGAUACUGAGGGCCGUAAUCCCUAACUCUAAACACUAGCAGCUCUUGAGCUCAAGGGGAAAGCAGGGUCAGAGUGGGAAGAGAAGCAGGUAGGAAAACUUUCGGGGUCCAGAGACUAAAAGCAAUUAAGUGCAGACAAUGCAGGGGGUCAGGCCGAGGGCAGGUUUGGGAAGAGGCUCUGCAGAAGGGGAAGAAGGUCAAGGGUGGUCCAGAGCCGACUGAUAACCCCUCUGACAUUCAGGGGCCUGUGACAGCCACUGCAACACCUGAAGCCAUGGUCCGUGAGGAGGAUGAGCAGAGGAAUUGUGUGUGCAGGAACUGAGCCACAGGCCAUCCCUUCCAGGCCCUGACUUCUGAGGACUGCAAGGGUUUCUUCAGGCGAACAGUCAGCAAAAGCACCGGUCUCACGUGCCCCUUUGCUGGAAGCUGGAAGGUCAACAGCCCAGCCUGCAGGUUGCAGAAGUGCCUAGAUGCUGGCAUGAAGAAGGACAGCACAAUGAUCGCAUCGGCAGAAGCCCGGGCGUUGCGGUAAGCAAGACAGGCCCAGCGGCGGGCACGGCACGCAUCGAUGCCUGAGGAGAAAGAGCUACUCCAGACACUGCUGGGGGCCCAAGUUUGCCACGUGGGCGCCAUGUUUGACCAGUUCGUGCAGUUCAGGCCUCCAGCUCAUCUGUUCCUCCAUCACCCGCUGUCCACCCAGUUCCCUGCACUGCCUCUGCUCACACAUUUCGCAGACAUCAACACUUUCAUGGUACAGCAAAUCAUCAGGCUCACCAAGGACCUGCCCCUUUCGGUAUGUUUCCUGCUCUGGCCCAUGGAGGACCAGAUCUCCCUUCUCAAGGAAGCAGUUGUAGAAUGUCACAUUGCACUCAAUGCCACUUUCUGUCUCCAAACACAAAACUUCCUCUGCGGGCUUCUUUGCUACACAGUAGAAGAUGGACCCGUGUCCCUGGAACCCACAGUGGGGUUCCAGGAAGAGUUUUUGGUUCUCUUCGGCUUCCAUAGGACACUGCGCCAACUGCAGCUCCAGGAGCCUGAGUAUGUGUUCGUGGCUGCCAUGGCCCUCUUCUCUCCCGCUCCCUAUCUUACAGACAGGCCUGGGAUAACCCAGAGAGAGGGGACUGAUCAGUUGCAAGAGGAGAUAGCGCUGACUCUGCAGAGCUAUAUCAAAGGCCAGCAGCAAAAUCCCCGGGACCGGUUUCUAUACGCGAAGCUGCUGGGCCGGUUGGCUGAUCUCCGAAGCAUUAACAAUGCAUGUUGGUACCAAAUUGAGAACAUCCAGGGACUGUCCACCAUGGUGCCACUGCUCCAGGAGACCUGCAGCUGA